CAGAACUCGAAACUGAAGAGGACUCCUGUCUGCCAGCUAUCUCCAGUUCCCAAGAUCUCCAGCCAAACUGGUUUGGGAAAAGGAACGAAAUCUGGGUGAGGCUUGAAACGCGCCACUGUCUGGGAGGGAAAAGGGACCGGAAAGGUGAGAGGAAGGAUCCGAAGGCUGAUCUCUGAAUCAAAACAGGAGCCAAGACUUUGCUGUAUUCCCCUCCUUCUCCUUUUUAACUCAACCAGAAUCCAAGAUGGAUACCCCGCUUGAAGAAGCCCUGGGCGUGAUGGUGGAAACCUUUUACAAAUAUUCAGCCAAAGAAGGAGACUGCUACAAGCUCAGCAAAACAGAGAUAAAGGAGCUGCUUUUGGCGGAAAUGCCCAAUUUUGUCAAGGGCAAGAUCAACGAACGCGGUUUUGAAUUCUUGAUGAAGAAACUGGAUGACAACGGAGAUGAAGAGCUGGAUUUCCAAGAAUACGCCGUGUUUCUGGCGCUGGCGGCAUCUCUCUGCUACGAAUUCUUCCAGGAAUGUGCGGACGAGAGCAACCGGAAGCUAUGAAAUGGAGGCUUUGGGGUGGGGGGCCUGGGCAGGAGGGAAUUUGGGGUGUUACGUCUCUUGUGUGAGGACGUCUCUCCCUGCUAGCAAAUAGAGAUUAUUAUUUUUCCCAACACACAACCCUUGUCGAUCGCAACCCAUCUUUGGUUAACGAGUUUGGAAAUGAAUCUCUACUAUGGCUGGCUUGCAAAAUGUAGCAAUGAUGGAUAAAAUUGAUGAUGGAUAAAAAUUGAUGAUGGAUAAAAAUUGAUGGAUAAAAAUGAUGGAUGAAAUUGAUGAUCAAUAAAAAUUGAUGGAUAAAAAUGAA